UAACUCUCACGUAGCCCCAAAUGAAAUAAAAAUCAAUCUCUGACUUCUCACAAAUCCCAAACAAGUGCAUCAUGUUUUAUUGGCCUUAGGUUUUGAUUGUUAUCAGUUUUCAUUCUAGCUGGUGCUGUAAUGGAUGCUGCCAGAAGGAUUACUAUUGCUGCUGCUUCUGUCUCUGCAUCUUCUAACACUAGGAGAAUGGCUAAAGCAAUAAAUUUAGUCCUGCCAGCAUGGCCUUCUUCCACUAGCAUUAGCUUUACACGAAACCAAAAAGGUCCAUUCAAUCCUAGGAAGUAUUCUCUCCUUCUUGCUCGUUGCUCCACAAAGCCAGGCAUUGAUAGCAACAAUAAUGCUACAAGUAGAAAUCCUGCCAUUGAACUGGAUUCGAAUUCAAUGGCCCGGCUUUUAUCAAAUCCACCACAUGCGCCACCAGAGUCCAAGGGUUUGGUCUUCGAUUUGGGUCCCAGGAAUUCCUGGGAUAGCACAGAAAUUGGAUCUCCAGUUGUAAAACGAUACAUCGGUGAUAAUGAAGAAAGGUGGUACAUGUGGUACCAUGGAAGGUCAUCAGAAUCAGAUGCUGAUGAUGACAACAAUUCAGACCAGAUUGGACUAGCUGUUUCAAGCAAUGGAAUCCACUGGACUCGCGGAUCAGAACCUGUGAGGUCGUGUGAAGAUGUAGGUGUAGUGAUGAAUUGUAGCAAGAAUUGGUGGGCUUUUGAUACUGAAAGCAUUAGGCCUUCAGAGAUGAUGAUCAUGUCCAGCCCAAUGUAUAGUUCAGUUUACUGGCUUUACUACACAGGGUUUAGUUCUGCAGAAGUGGAGAUUUCAGGAUUUCCCAACGUUUCUGUAGAAAACCCAGAAAGAGUUCACGAUGAACCUACAAAAUUCGGCAAAAUUUUCAAGUCUCUGCCAGGUUUAGCUUGCAGCCAAGAUGGCAGGCACUGGGCCAGGAUUGAUGGGGAUCAUCACAGUGGGGCUUUGCUUGAUGUAGGGUCAGGAGAAGAAUGGGAUUCUUUAUUUAUUGCUGCACCACAUGUUGUUGUUCAUGGAAGUGAUGAUGUAAGGAUGUAUUACUACUCAUUUGACGCACAAAAUGGGCACUAUGCUCUUGGAGUUGCAAGGUCGAGAGAUGGGAUCAGAUGGGUGAAGUUGGGGAAGAUCCUGGGAAGAGGAAAAGAAGGUUGUUUUGAUGAGCUUGGCGUCCAGAAUGCAUGUGUGGUCAGGAGUCGAAAAGAUGGCAAAUACUUGAUGGCAUAUGAAGGUGUUGCUGCUGAUGAGAAGAGGAGUAUUGGAUUGGCAGAAUCUCCUGAUGGUCUAAAGAAUUGGAAAAGAGUUCAAGAAGAUCCAGUACUUGAGGCUUCAGAAGGGGAUGGAUGGGACAAUGAAGGAGUGAGAUCCCCAUGCCUGAUUCAGAUGGAAGAUAAUAAAGAUGAAUGGAGAUUGUAUUAUGUUGGUGUUGGAAAAGGAGGAAGAACAGGAAUUGGAAUGGCAAUUUCAGGAGGAACUAAUAUCAGGACUUUCAGAAGAAGCUCAGGAUUUCCCUUGUAAUUAAGAUAACUGUGUAUAUAGAGUAUCAUGUAUGUGA